AUGUGUCUGUUGGAUGCAAUGUCUCUGACAGCAAAAUCUGAUGCGCAUCAUGCAUGUCUGUCUUCUUGGUGCAGGAUUACACUGAGUUUCAGUACAGAUGUAGGCACGCUCAGCCUACAUGGUCUCCAUAGCAACAUGCCUGAACCAAGUGACCCCAACAGCAGUACCUUAGACUCUCAGGAAGGUAAUGGUUCAAUGAGUGUCACCAUAGCAAUUGAUUCUCUGGAUGAGGAUGAUCUGAACACCUUGCUGACUAUUCAGCUGUCCCUGCAGGAGUGUGGACUAGCCUUGGACUCAGAGCCUCAGCAUGUGCUUAGUAAUGAGACCUCCCUAGAGUCCAUUGGCUCAUCUCUGUCUUCUAGAUCAGAGCCUCUUGUCCACCCUGUGGACUGUCCCUGCUCCUCACUCAGCAGCUCUGGGCUCUUGGAGCUGGAUGACAGCUUCAUGAGGCUGGGCACCAUCACUAGCCAGUAUGCUCCCACUGACAUAGACUCCAACACUGAUGCCCCAGGUUUGGUCGCCUUUGCUAAUGCCAACCUGCUUGGAAACAUCAUGGCCUGGCAUGACAUGAACCCUCAUGUUGUGUUGAUCCCAUCUGCGUCUGCAGAUAUCAGCCCCUGUCACCCCCCCAUCUCUGAUGAGGUACAGGAACUUCUUUAGCUCCAGAAGGGGGAGAUCGAAGUGGUAAAACCUGACCAGAAAUACCACUCUUUGAUUAAAAAGACUGAGGAGCUGGAGAGACCCAGACUGAUGGAAGUGGAAUGAGACAGUUCAGACAUGGAAGAGGUUUGCUGCUGUGUAGAGCACGGCAGCUCUGCUCCUCAUAAGACCAACUGUGAUCUCCAGCCAGCUGAUCCCGCUGUAGAAAGGGAGGAACAGGAGGACCUGGUCUGAUUAAUGCAAAUUCAGCUCUGUGACCUGAGGGCUUGUAAUAUGGACCAACUCUACAUUUAAAGGAUCAACUACUGCAUCAACCAGAGAAAGCUUCAA